AUGUCCGCAGCGAACUUAGGCCACGUAUUGGCCCAAUGGGUCAUCGACGCGGGCAUUUCCACACAGGAGGACUAUGAGGCAAUGGUGUGGAACAAGACUAAAGAGGUCAUGCAGGAGUUUGUGCACUACAUGGAGCGCGAGGAUAUAAUACUGUAUGCAACGGCCUGUGGUAACGCAGCAUGGAAGCACCAUAAAUACCUCAAAGACCCUCCGAUGUAUGGACAAAAGGUGGGGGACAUCAUUGUAUGCGUACUUAUGGUAGGGGCAUUAUAUUUCAUGAAUGGGUGGACUAUUGCACAAAUGCCUCGAACGCCGGCAGAUGACAACAGUGAACGCAUAAGGGACCACUUACGAUGUAUAAUAGUACAUAUGUUCAGCGAAGUAUUAAACGCAACCGUGUGUAAAAGUGAAUGGGGAACAUUUUAUGCAUGGCACAUAAUGGCAGAGACAGCGGGGAUAGGGGGUGUUUCGAGCGCCUUGAUACAGAAUAGGACGUGUGCUAAAGAGACAUUUGCGCAUUUGAAAAUAAAAGAACUUGACUUAAAUAAACAAGUCGCAGCAUGGUUAACACAGAAUCCAACACUCAAGAGCGCAAUUAAAAAAGUCCAGGGAACUGAAGCUUGCGGAAGACAGCGCAAGAGGGGCUGGACGCUAGACAAUUUCCUGAGGCAUGAGAAUACAGAGGAUACGUAA